AUGGCGGAGGUGCAGAACUCCAACCCCACGAUCCUGAACGUGGCAGAUCUCCCCACGAGGUCUCGACCCACCGAGAAGACAAGUGUCCAUCCUACAGGAAUCUUUGCGGCAGUUCCGAGCCCAACGGACUUCCUAUCGUCCGACUCGGAAGGUGAUGAGGAUUUGCUCGAGGAGCCGAUUGAUGAGCAAGAAAUCUAUGAUUUGAUUAAGUCUAUCUCGGAUCCAGAACACCCUCUUUCCUUGGGGGAACUGGCGGUGGUUUCCCUGCCCGACAUCUCGAUUCAACCGACUCUGCCCACGGUCCCAGACUCGCCGCUGCAGACUGUCACUGUCCUCAUCACACCAACCAUCACCCACUGUAGCCUAGCCACCGUCAUUGGUCUCGGUGUGCGAGUGCGUCUGGAACAAUCUCUCCCUCCACGCUUCCGGGUCGACGUGCGAAUCAAAGAGGGAACGCAUAGUACAGGAGAUGAGGUGAACAAGCAACUUGGAGACAAGGAGCGAGUUGCUGCAGCCCUGGAGAACGGAGCAUUGAUGCAGGUGAUUGCGAAGAUGAUGGAAACUUGCCAAUAA